CAUCUCUAGUGUCUAGCUUUGCAUUCAAUGUCGUUCAAUUCCAAUUCCGACAUUCCCCCACCCUCAUCCACACCCAUCUUCUCCCCGCCGCUCACCAUUGUUCUAAUCGUUGUUAUCCUUGUUUGCUUCUUUAUUGGCUUUUUCUCAGUAUACUUCUGUAAGUCUGUCAUGACAAAAGUCCUCAACAGGUUGCAUAUCAGCCGUAGCCCCGCAGGCGCUCCUGUUGCUACCACAGCAGCAUCCAUUGAUUCCGGCCUUGAUCCUGCACUAGUACAAUCUUUUCCCACGUUCAAAUACUCGACUGUCAAAGAUUUUCGCAGGGAAAAGUAUGGCCUAGAAUGUUCAAUAUGCUUGGUAGAGUUUGGGGAUGAUGAUAUGCUCCGCCUUUUGACAGUCUGUUACCAUGUUUUCCACCAAGAAUGCAUUGAUCUUUGGCUUGGAUCGCAUAAAACAUGUCCAGUUUGUCGCAGUGAUCUUGAAUUACCUGAAAAGCCACUAGAGAAAUCUCCAAUGCUCGCUCAUAGCAAUUCCCUGCAUGAACUUGGAGAGAGUAAUGCAUCACCUCAGGACGCCAUUAGCAUUGAGAUUAAAGAACAUAAAGGAGAAGGAAGUGCACCAGAAGCCUCUGCCGAUGCAAGAGAAAAGAAGGCAAAACGUGAAAAGCUUGAAAGAUUUUCGAGGUCUCAUUCUACAGGGCACUCAAUACUUAUUAAUGUAGAAGAGGAUAGACAUACAUUGAGAUUGCUAGAAAAUGUCAGACUUAAAAUUAUUAAAGGACAUAACUCCACCGUGAGUUGUAUCACAUUUGGAGAAUUCUGUAGCCCUAUAGCCACCAGAAACAGAGGUCCUGAUGACAGUGCUGAGUGCUCCAGAGGAGACAUCAAUAGAGUCUGAGUAUCCAUCCCUUCAUCUUCUUCUUCUUCUUCCUCCUUCCCAUCCCCCCCUCCCCCUCCCUUUCUGUCUCUUCACAUAGAAUAGAAGGUAUUUGUUUUU